AUUGAAAUCUCACAUCCAGAACCCGAGUGCAGCGGAGCUCGUACAUUUCCUCUUCACCCCACUGAGCAUGAUUGUGGAGGCCACGGGAGGCCCAGAACUUGCGCAGAAUGUCCUGACUCCUCUCCUUAUAAAAGACGCCAUCGACUUCCUGCAUUUUGUGCUGAACCCUGAGGAGAAGAAGCUGUGGCUCUCACUUGGUGACACGUGGAGUAAAUCCAGGGUGGACUGGCCUAAAGACCACUUCAUCCCCCCGUACGUCCCCCGCUUCAGGAAUGGCUGGGAGCCACCAUUGUUAAACUUUGGGAACGUCAUGAAAGAUCCAGGACACAAGGUGGAAUCGCUAUCAAGUACCCCCGAACCCAAGCUGGAGCCCCAAAGUUACCCCUCAGAG